AGCGAGUUGAGGGACGAGCUGUGGUUCAUCGAAUUCGGUCGGGGAGCAGCGCUGCCAUUGACCCCGGAGGAGGCACCGGCGGACGGAGAACCUGUCGUACCCUGUGCUCAAGGUCGCGUGAUCGUCGAGACGGCGAGGCCGGCGCCGCCGCACUUUGCCACCUGCUCCACCUAUCGCAGACCUCUCCUGAGCCGCACAUCGAACGAGGUAUCGAUCAGCGAUGGCACGAUACCGUCGUCGAGCGGCACCGAGUACAGUCAGCAAGAGUUGGAGCAGCAGCAUCACAGGACUAUCAAAGGCAAAGGCGCCGUCAGUAAAGGAAUGACGACGACGACGACACCACAGAGUCCUGCCGCGAGGCCGGACGAUCUCGGAGUGACACCCUGGUACCUGGAGGAUUAUCCGACGACGGACGGAUCGCCGGGGCCGAUGGGCGAUCGGAGCUCGUAUCCCUUGUACUCGCACGCUGACGGUGGCAGACCGGAUCUGAACUCGACGAGGAACAGCAGCGUCGAGGGCGAGUUCCCGAGGUCGGCGGCGCCUGUUCCUCGCCGGGCCUGCAUGGACCUGAAGGCCGCGAUGGAGCUGCUGGACGAAACCUGCCCGAACGUGGAACCAAGUCCGUCUCUCACCCCGAAGACACCCAGGACACCGCUCACGCCGUACACGUCGCGCAGCAAAAGAGCCCGCUCGAAGAGCAGCGAUAAUUCCUCCAACUACAGCAACGAUCGGCUGAGCGAUCGCUCGUUCGAGACCCUCAAGGACAAGGACAAGGAUAAGAAGAGGCCGUUCUUGAGGAAGAUCGGUAUUUCCAAAACGGAGGAUCGACCGUUCCUAGCAAAGUUCACGCCAAGGAUUAUUGGGAAACCUUACUUGGAGAAGAUCGGACCCAGCAGAGCCGUCGAAAGACCGUUCUUGGACAAGAUCGGCUCGUCAAAGACCUUGGAUAAAUUUACCUUCGACACGCCGCGCAACGAACGCAGAAACGAGGUAAGAAACGAGAGGAAGACGAACGAUGGGCUGAAAAAUCACGCCAGGAUGAAGAACGAUAUUAGGAGACACGAGACCGAGGAGAUAAUCGCUACUAAGGAAAACAUCGACAAUACUGUUCAAAAGGUAACACUCCUUACUUCGCAUUCGGAAGAAGUACAAAGCAAGCCUCUGGAGACGUCGGCGGCGACGUUCGAGAGAAGACGUUCGGGGAAAGAGUUCCUGUUGAAGAUGUAUUCCUUCGAGACGGAGGACUUGGAGUCCACCGUCCCGGCGAAAGACGACUCGUUCGUGGAUAACGCCCUGGAUUCAGGCCCGAGUUCGUUACCGACGGAAACCAGCGACGAACAAACGGCGUCGAGACCAGAAUUGCAGACUCGGCCGACCAGCGUGACCGCGGAGUUGUUAAAGUGUCGAGUGACCACCAGCGAGGAGAUCAUAUCUUCGUCCAUCACGUGCCUGAACUCGUCGAGCGACGCCAACAGCUGGAGCAACUCGCCGCGAAGAGGGCAACGAGCGAAUAAGAGGGAAUCGGCCCUGAUUCGUCGUAGAAUUUUUCAGGGUUCUUGCGAGGUGGUUCGUAGCGACGACAGCACGCCGAAUUCACCCACGAAGAGGCCUAUCUCGAGCGUCUCUCCCGAUCGCGAGUUUCGAAACAGCACCUUGGAAAGAGGAAUGCUCUCCCCGACGAAAACCAGGAGAUCGAUCGUCGAGGAUACCAGCCGAAAUACUCGGAGAUCGAUCAAGUACAAUCAGUUCGAGAGACGAGGCAUCUCCUCGGACAAUCUUCUGGCGAAGGACGCUCUCUCGUUUGUCCCUGCCUCGCGGACUAUAACCGAUGACAUUGGCAGAACGCGGGAGAUUUCGUCGGAGGACUCGCUGGCGACUCGUCGGAACGAAUACACCAAGGAAACGUUCAAGCAGCUGCAGGAGAAAUUCAGGCUGCAGGAGAUACCCAUGGAGAGUUACGCGUCUUUCUUACGGCGCACUCGAGCCUCUCAAGGCGCGUUGAGUCGACACGAGAGGCUGAAUUUACUACCAGCGGAAUCCGAUAUAAUCCUGAAGAGCUCGUUCGGAUCGAGAGAUAUUGCGAAAGAGUUCGACGCGAAAACGAUCGAAAUUGCCGAGGAGAAACGAGAUCUGAGUCGAGAGGGCACGGUGAGAUCUAUUUUGAGAAAACAGGAAGGAAUCGAUCAACCCGAUCACGAGUCGGAUACGAAUGCGUCCAUCAGACGACCGAAGAGACGGAUCUUUCACGAACCGUCGCAGGAGACCAUGGAUCUACUGACGGAACUGCGUAAAGUCAAGAGCUUGCUCAAAACUCCAUCCUGGGAGAAGGAUCUGGAUCUCGAUCAAAAGCCAACGCGGAUGCCGAAGCGUAUUUUGUUGACAGAUAAGGAAUUCUGCCUCUCGGUGGAACGAGAGAACAGCGUACGACGUCCGUCAAAGAUGAUCAAUUCACUCGAGACCACGGAAGAGGGCAAGGUGACGUUGAAUCGCGAGAAUAAGGAAGAAAAGGAGAAUCGGUCGAAUAAAGAGACGAAAGUCGAUCGAAAACCACCCGGGUUGGCUCUGUUCGAGAAGAGAUGCAUGUCAUUGGAUUACGCCGACGAGGAGAAACCUCAGAAGCCGGAAGCACGCGCCAUCUCCCUGGCAUCUACGAGGGACCUGCCGUUCGAAGUUGAAGAGAGCGACUAUCCUGAUCUGAUCUACGACUCGAAGAGCUGUUCCUCGGAUGUCUUCAACUCUCCGUCCGACGAAGUAGACAGAAAAGUGGACGAACUAAUAUCGGAGACGGAAGAGCCGAAGAAGCCUAAUCAGAAUCACUGCGUCGAGGUGGACAUCGCUAUUCCGAUCGAUCGGAGGAUCAACAGUCCCAAAGGCGAAGAUGUCCAAGAACGAACCAGCGAUCUCUACGAGAUUAUAUCGCCUCGGUCGACGCCGUUCCGCGUUAAGAAGCGACUCGGAAAAAUCUCCGUCGAGGAGACCGUCAAGCCGGAAAAUUUCACCCUCGGUUCUAAGGUCGACUGCCGAUCGGUUGUUGCCCAGAAACGGACAAAGUGUGUCCCCUUAUAACGCACAUCGACCUGCCCGUGAGCGAGAUUCUCUCUGCGACGGCGCCGAUUCUCAUGCUCGCAUCGUGAGAAAGAGGGAUACAGGUGCGCAAAUUACGCGUUAAUUGUAUUUCGAUUUAACCCUUUCGGUAUUGUAUAUUAGAUACGAACGAUUGAAUGUGCAAAAUAUCAAAUAUAUGUACAUUGGAAUUUCAACAAAAUAUU